GAGAGUGAUUAGCAGUUACUGGAGCAACAGGAGCAGGAGCCACAAACUUUCUCGAGGUGAACUUCUCCUCUCUGGGGGGCUUCGCAUCACGACACUGAUGGAUUACACGACUUUCGCUGUUACUGUUCGCCCAACUAUCAGUCAACUGUCCAUGUAGAAUGCGUCUUUAGAGACAAGACUUUGAGAACACAAAUAGAGGCUGAAUUUGAAAAAAAAUACAAAAAAAAAAACAGUGAAAAUAAUAUGGGGAACUCAGGGAGCGUAUGGUGGACUAUGGUGGAGUGCGCUUGCAGGAUCCUUGGUGUUUCUACAGCAACAGUGUUGUGCGCUGUGGGAAUAGAGACAGUCCAACAGGGAGAAUUCAACAGCCUUGGCAUCUACCUGAUAACAUCCUCUGUCGGCAUCAUGAUGUUUGAGAUGGCAUACUUUCUGGAUUCCCUACUGUCCAUGUGUAUCCCCUGUCCUCCAAACUGGCAAGUGUUUGUCUUGUGGGGGAAGAUGGCUCGUGUUGGAGGUUUUCAUAAAUUCCUCUACUACUCCAUCAUGUCAGUGGUCUGCUUCUUGCACCCUGUGCUGGUUUGGCACGCAAUCAUCCCAGGAUCAAUGCUUUUGGUAACAGCGUUUUUCAACUUCAUACUAAGCAAGAAAGCAAAGAUCAAGUCUCCCAAGAGUCCACCAGAGAGCAACAGUGACCAAAGCCUAACAACUGUCUGCGUAGCAGAAAGAUCUGGCUCCAACGGCACGUCCUCGAUUUUCCAAGCAGUGACGGGAAGAAAGGGAGGGCAAAUGGCCUUCACAGACCCAGAUCACUGCUUUGAGCCACAGGAGAGAGGAGAGAGCAUCCAGGCCAUGCUGGAGCAGGAGCAAACAGUAGCUCCUGUGCACACAGAAAGGAGGAGGAGGUGGAAAGAGAUGAUCUGGUUCAGAGAUAGGGAGGAGCCUGUGGAAAGAGAGCUGGAGGAGAUGAAUGAGUCUGAACCAGACACCACCUCAGACACUGCACCUAUGAUCACCGACUGAACAAGUGAUACUCCUUUUUGCAAACUGUGAAGCAUGCAUAACGUAUUCAGACUUGGUGCAGAUUUUUGUACUUCAAAAAUGUCUAAAAUAUCACUGCAAAAGCAAUAAA